AUGAUCACACUCUCUCAUGGGUGUCAAGUGUUUGAGGACGAUAACCAGAGGUUCACGUUGGACCCAACAAAUGUGCAGAGGGGCGUGGCUUGCACUUUAGGGACAGGCUGGCAUCCAAAGCGGUACAGCUUAUCCGUGGGGCCACCGAAGAAGGACCCAAAGGUGAAAGGGGUUCAGUCUGCCGCUGUCCGGGCUUUUCUGAGGCGAAAGGAAGAAGAGUCGUUCCACAAGGAACUGGAAGAAAAGAAAAAGAAAGAGGAACUUUUGGCUAAACGGAAAGAAAUGAAACAUGACAAGAAGGCCAGGGCCAUGGCAUCGAGGACAAAAGACAACUUCUAUGGAUAUAAUGGCAUUCCGAUGGAAGAGAAACCCAAAAAACGCCAGCGGGACCUCGAGAAUGAUGAAGGUUCCAGUGAGCGGACUGAAAGGGAGGACUUCCUGACAGAGGAAGAAAUGUACGAAUAUUCACAAAGCGAGUCUGAAGAAGAGGAGGCAGAGGAGCCGCCGCCGCCACCACCACCAAAAAAACAGAAACUCGGCAACAUAAAAAAACCUCCGUCAGCAGGCCUGAAUUUUGCCGAAUUGCUAAAACUUGCUGAGAAGAAACAGUUUGAGCCAGUGGAGUUUAAACCCGUGAAAACGAACGAGGAAAGACCGAGGACUGCUGAAGAAAUACGAGAAAUUGAGUUUUUGGAGCGGAAGAAUCGGAAAGUAGAGAGGUCCGUUGACAAGCACUCAAAAACAAAUGGCCAGGUGGUGAAAGUCCAUAAAAGCUCCUCGGAUAAACAUUCCUCUUCUAAAGAACGCCAUUCCGAGGACAGAAAAUCUAAAAGCUCAUCUCUCUCUAAAAAUGUUCCCCCUGAGAAGGUCAGGAGUGGGCACAAUGGGGAAAAUAAAAAACAUUCAGAUGGGAGCCACAAAUCUGAGAAAAAGGCCUCCUCCUCCUCUUCCUCGCACAGUAAAGUCUACAAGGUUUCUUCCAGUGGAAACUCCAAACCGUCUUCUGGCAGAGAUCAUUCUUUUAAGCACUCUUCAUCCUCCUCCUCUAAACAAGAUGGGAGCUUCAAUGGAAAACUACAGGGUAGUGUUCGUCCUGGUGGGUCAAGUUCUGGAAAAUCAAUGGGAAGUUCUGGCUCCAACUCUGUGAGGCCUUCUAGUACACCCAAGCCUUCUGAAAGUACUGCUACUAACUCUGCUAGGCCCUCUGGGUCAUCUAGUUCCAGCAGGCCCUCUGGAGGAUCCAUUUCUUCAUCAACCCGGCCGCCAUCAAGUUCUAGUUCCUCCAAGUCUCAUGGCAACUCUGGUUCUGUUCGUCCUUCCAGCAGCUCCGGUUCUGUUCGUCCUUCCAGCAGCUCCGGUUCAAGUUCAGUCAAGCCCACCAGCAGUUCCGGGUCAGUUAAACCUCCUCCUAGUAGCUCUGGUGGAUCACGCCCUAGCAGCGGAGGACAUUCAAGCAGCCGUUCGGGUCCUCCUCGUCCUUCCAGCGUUUCUGGAUCUAGUAGACCAGCCAGUGGACUUCCCUCAUCAAGUGCUAAACCUAAAAGUGUUCCUUCAGGCAAAGAACUGGUACGCCCAAAUGGUGGCCUACCUUUAAGUUCUCGACCUCCAUCUCAUUCUGGACCUGGAAGGCCAGUGAAUAAUUCCGUGGCGGGACCUGGAAGGCCAGUGAAUAAUUCCGUGGCGGGACCUGGAAGGCCAGUGAAUAAUUCCGUGGGGGGACCUGGAAGGCCAGGGAAUAAUUCAGCAGCGGGACCUGGAAGGCCAGGGAAUAAUUUAGCAGCACGACCUGGAAGGCCUGUGAAUAAUUCAGCAGCCGGACCUGGAAGGCCUGUGAAUAAUUCAGCAGCCGGACCUGGAAGGCCUGUGAAUAAUUCAGCAGCGGGACCUGGAUCAAAGCCCAAGUGCACCGUGGUGGCUGAAACAAUUUCAUCCAAAAGUUUGGUUCCCAAAUCUAACAAUGGACCUGUAAACGGAAUGCGACCUGGACCUGUCAAUGGAAUGCGACCUGGACCUGUCAAUGGAAUGCGACCUGGGCAGAGACCAAUGGCACGCCCUCCAGGACCCCUACUGCCCCCGAUAACCAGCUCGUACAAGCGGAGAAUUGAUGAUGAAGACGAGUACGACUCUGAAAUGGAAGACUUCAUCGAUGACGGAGGAGAGUGCCAAGACGAAAUUUCAAAGCACAUUCGGGAAAUAUUUGGCUAUGAUAAGAACAAGUACCGAGAUGAGAGCGACUACGCACUGCGAUACAUGGAGUCUACUUUCAGAGAACAGCAGAAGGAGGAAGCCAGGAGCCUGCGGUUAGGAAUCCAGGAAGAUCUCGAGGAGUUGAAACGAGAAGAAGAGGAAUUAAAGAGAAAAGCAAAACUGGCCAAGAAGAUGAAAAGUCGAUAGCGUCCGCUACGACCGCUCUCAAUGAACUUUUACUGAGCCUCCUGGGGUGGGCAACGCACCGCGCUCUGCCGCCAGGGGGA